UUGGCGAGUGCGUAUGUGCGAGCUUUCCCCGCAGCGCUUUCUCGAGCAUCUGCGCGUUUUCGUGAUUUCGCCAGAAGGUGCAUGGGAUGUAGUUUCUGUAAUAAUCCUUGCCCGACAAGUAUCCUAGCGCUGAUAGUUGUGUGACGCGUUAUAGCCAGUGGUAGUCCGCGUGCUUUACGGGUUCGGAAAGCAUGCUUUCCUCGCGCGGCAAAACAACGAUGGCACUUCUCCGUCACACCAAACCGCUGAUUCGUGCGCUGCUUCGUGCUCAGCGUCACACAGCUGCAAGGCCACAGUCUGCCGUGAUUGUGGAACCACGGAAGCUUGUCACCAGCUACCAAUGUGAGCCGAGUGAAAUGCCCAUGACUGGCGAAACAUACGGACAGCACAUAGACGGAGCUGCUGCCAAGUGGGGUGAUGACGUUGGCUGGGUCUUUCAGCACAGUAAUCAACAAAUAACCUUUGCAAAUUACAAAGCUGAUGUGGACUCUGUUUGCAAAGGAUUGUUGUCUGCUGGUUUCACCAAAGGAGAUACAAUUGCCAUCUGGUCGCCUAAUUCCUACAACUGGAUAGUUAUUUAUGGUGCUAUGGCAAAGGCUGGCAUCCUAUCUGCUUGUGUACAUCCUGCUUAUACUGCAGCAGAGUUUGAAAAAGUGCUGACAAAGGUGCGUUUUGCAGGGAUAUUUAUUCCAGAAUCAUUCAAGAUUCUCAAGUACUAUGAGAUGCUCUGCUCCCUGAUUCCUGAGCUAAAGGACUCCAAUCCUGGCCAGCUGAAUUCUAAGAAGUAUCCAUUCCUAAAAGCCAUUAUUGUGGAGAGCGACAAGGCAUUGCCAGGCUGCAUCAACUGGCAAGACAUUCUCCGAGGAGGAAACGUCAACUUAGCUGAGGCAGAAAGCAAAGUUGGCAUGGAUGAUCCUGUUACCAUUGUCUUUACUUCUGGGACCACAGGAACCCCGAAGGCAGCUAUGCUUUCCCAUCAUGGAUUUGUAAACAAUUCUAUCAUGUAUGACCAUGCUUCACCUGAUCCAGAGCGCUCAGUCCUGUGCAGCCCCUUGCCUUUCUUCCACGUUUUCGGCAUGACUACCGUCCUGGGCUUGACUGUUGUGCGAGGAAACUGUUCUGUGGUUCCAAGCCCUGGUUAUGACACCAAGGAGGUUCUCAAGUCCAUUCAUACGUAUAGGUGUUCACAGGUUGCUGGAGCACCAACCAUGAUUGCAGACCUGAUAAAUCAUCCAGACUUCAGGAGCUUUGAUCUUUCCUGCCUAAACAGAGUUGUAAUGGGAGGCAAUGUGGUGACAACAGAGAUGAGAAGGUUGGCCAGGGAAAAGUUUAAAGCUAACAUCUGGGUUGGCUAUGGAGCUACAGAAACAACAACAGUAGCUACUCUGUUGACUGAGAGAGAUCCUGAGAGUAAGCAGGAGACAACUGUUGGGAGACCAGUAGGCCAUGUAGAGGUAAAGAUUGCAGAUCCUGUCACAGGCAGGGAAACUGCCAUCAAUGAACCUGGAGAUGUGUGGAUUCGAGGUCAUAAUGUCUUUAUUGGCUACUACAAUGACGAAGAAAAGACUAAACAAGUCAAAGGACCUUCUGGAUGGUACAAGACUGGAGACUUGGGCAAGAUGGAUGAAGAUGGCUACCUGAGUAUCAUUGGACGUCUGAAGGAUAUGGUCAUCAGAGGAGGAGAGAACAUUUAUCCACUUGAGAUUGAAGAAGUUCUCGGUACCCACCCUGCUGUUGAUGAAUGCCAUGUAAUUGGAGUGCCAGAUUUGCGGAUGGGUGAAGAACUUUGUGCCUGGGUGUUACUUAAGCCAGAAUCCAAGGUAACUGAUGCUGAGCUUCAGCAGUACUGCAAAGGCAAGCUUAGCCACUUCAAGAUUCCAAAGUAUUUCCUUUAUGAGAAAGAUUAUCCAAAGACAGCUAUAGGAAAAGCACAGAAAAACAGAAUGCGGGAAGCAGCAGCAAAGAAGUUGGGUCUGUGAGCAGGAAGAACUCAGUGAUGAUGGACUUUACCACCUUGAACACCUUUUGGCUUCUGGUUCUUGUUGGCCUCUCACACCUGAGCCUGUGGAUGAUAAUAAGAAGAGUCAUUUCUUGCUUCAGGAGUGGUGUAAGCAUUGGCAGCAUGCAUUUGUCGGCUUUUUCAGAGGCAGUACAGCAAGUAAAGGCAUCAUGGUAUAUAGUGAUAAACUAUAUUGGAACUUAUGUGUCAUGCUUGUUGUAAAAGCAGUCAAAUGUGGUGGUGGCCUGUAGAGCAGGUGAUAUUAUGGUGUGCUUAUAUUUGCUCAGAUAUCCUACACUUGUUAAAUGACAAGGAUACAGUCUCUUUCAAAAAGAGGCAAUUGUCCUAUGUGCUGUAGGACCCCUCCACAAAAUGUGUACUGUUUCUCAGGAACACACUGAGGAGCUGUACAGUCUGUUUCAAACUUAGGGGAAAACUCGGAGCGCAUUGCAUCAUGAUGCGGCGAGCGCUGGAGUCAGGUGCCGGCAGCAGCUUGCGCAGGUGCAGACGCUCGAGGCAUGGAAUCUUGAAUUGCGUCGACUGCUACGGCGGCGCGCGCUGGCUACAUGGUCGGGAAGUGUGCUACUGUCAAGGGCAGUGCACGGAUUUCAUCGUUACUGCGGGAAUGGAGUCGAUAUUCUUAACUAAAUGUUGUGCGACGCCAACCUCUGAGCCUUCAUUGGCGAUAAUGGGGUUCUGCAAACUUCUUUUGACAGCAUCCUUUGUUUGUUCUUUCGAAAGGCCAAGGUACUGAGUGCAUGCAUGUAUAUUGCUUCACUCUGUGUGCUACCGUAAUAAGCAGCGUCAAGAAAGAGAUGCCAAAAUGUGCGCGCAACAUGCUCGGUCUUUAUUUGAUGCAAAAGGAAAACAAAGCACUCAACAAUAAUAACUAUGCGGGUCAAACACAAUGAAACAAACAGAUAAGAAUAAAGGAAUGCUUUAGGUUAAGACAUUGAGCUGGAAGUGAUUCUUCUCGACAAUAGUUCAUUAAACCAGACAGGUGUUCGUGUCUGACCCGCAUAGUGCUUUGUUUUCCUUUCACGUCAAAUAAAGACUGAGCACGUUGCGCGCACAUUUUGGUGUCUCUUUGUUGUCGCUGCUUAUUAUGGUAGCACACACACUGAAGAAAUAUUUGUGCACACACUCAGUACCCUGGCCUUUCAAAAGAACAAAUGAUGGAUGGUGUCAAAAGAAGCUUGCAGAACCCCAUUAUCGCCAAUGAAGGCUCAGAGGUUGGCGUCGCACAAUGUUUAGUUAAGAAUAUCGGCUCAGUUACCGCAGUAACAAUGAAAUCCGUGCACUACCCUUGACAGUAGCACACUUACCGACCAUGCAGCCAGCGCGCGCCACUGUAGCAGUCGACGCGGUUCAAGAUUCCGCGCCUCGAGCGUCUGCACCUGCGCGAGCUGCUGCCAGUACCCGACUCGAGCACUCGCCGCAUCGGCAUGAAAUGCACUCCGAGUUUUCCCCUGAAUGCAAAAUGGAGUUUAUCCAGCAGAUUGCUCAAGUUGCAAUUGUUCAAGUGACAUUGUUUGCAGGUCACGAGUGAUACGAGCAUUUAAUGUGUGUAUUGUGCUAUGUAAAAGAGGCCGUGAACACUACUUGUUUAUCCUCUUUCAGUGUGUAUCGAAAGUCUGAAUAGACUGGCAGUUUGAUAACCGAGCUGAAAUGUAGUAGCCGUUACGUGUGCCUCUCUCCCCGUUUUUUUUUUUUUUUUUUUUU